GGGUUACAUCUAGGGCUGGGGGCUUGGCAUUCUACUCCGGCGACCUGGAUUUUCGCAACGAGCCGAAGUUCACAGCCACCCUCGCACAUCCAAAUCCAGCUAAAACUCUUAGGAUACAAUUCUAAGGGUAUUCGGAGUCUCUAUAAAACUGCAUAGACUCUAGUCCAUCUAUAAUUCUGUUAGUUGAAGAGAAUAUCGAGAGUUACCGCAAGGAUAAUUAUCCUCCAAUCAUCAAGAUGGUGUACUGCGGAAAGCCCUCAAAGGGUUGUCAGAUGUGUAGGACGAGAAGAAUCAAGUGCGACGAGACAAAGCCUACUUGCAACCAAUGCGCGAAAUCGCGAAGACAAUGUCCUGGGUACAAGGACGAAUUUGACCUCGUCUUCAGAAACGAGACGCAGGCCACAGAACGCAGAGCACGGAGAGCCGGUAAGAAAAGCCUGUCGCAAAAGACAGUAAAACCAGACCCGGACUCUCCUUCGCGAGACCUAACCGUGUCUCCGCUCUUCGCCGACAGCAUCAAAUCGCAGCUAGCCCAGGCCAUCAUCCCCUCGCUCAACGUGCCCGUCGAGCACCAAGCCAGCUGCCACUUCGUGUCCAACUUCAUCCUGGUGCCGCCCGAGGGCGAGGGCCACACGCGCGGCUUCAUGGACUUCAUCAUUCCUUUGCUGAAAUCGGAUCCGCACGGCCACUUGCAACACGCGUUCAGCGCGUGCUCCAUGGCUUUCCUGAAUAACCGCGGGGGCGUGGCGGAUAGGUUCUCGGAUAGGGCGCUGCACGAGUAUACGAAGGCGCUCAAUGGCACGAACGCGGCGCUGCGGAAUCCGGAUACGCAGUUAGCGGAUUCGACGCUGGCGGCGGUGCUGUUGUUGGGGUUGUUUGAGAGUAUCACAGCCAAACAAAUCGGCAUGCUGAAUUGGGGUUCGCAUACCGAGGGCGCUAUCCAGCUCGUCAAAGCCCGGGGGAAGAAGCAGCUCAAGACUAAGGUUGGGCUGACGCUGUUCAUCGCCGUGAGGACUCAGAUGAUAAUCCACAGCCUCACAUCAGGCACAACCCCCAUCAUGGGCGCCGAAUGGUGGAUCGACGACGCGGUGCGCGACGGCACGGCAGCCAAAUGCCACCGCCUAAUGAUCAAGACAGGCGAGCUGCGCGCCGAAGUGACGCGGCUGAUGAACAGCAUGUCGCGGACGCCGCGCAACAUCGAGGUCAUGCUAGAGAUGAUCCGCCGCCUGCAAGCGAUGGACCAAGAAGUCGUGUCGUGGAUGCGCGGGGUGCCCCCUUCGUGGCGGUACCGCACGGUGGCGUGGGAGGACAGCGUGCCCAGCGGCGGCGACUACGCGCGCGCCGAGGUGUUCCCGGGUAGGAUCGAUAUGUACCGCGACUUCUACAUCGCGAGCGUGUGGAACACGGGCCGCACGGCGCGGCUCGUGCUCAUGAGCCUCGUCGUGCGGUGCGCUGCUUGGGCGUGCAGUCCUGUUGAUUAUAGGACGACGAGGGAGUAUGCGACGGCGGCGCGGACGUGUGUUGAUACGAUUACGGAUGUGAUUGCGAGCGUGCCGUAUCAUCUGGGCUGGCACUUGAAGGAGGGGAAUCGGAGAAGGAUUCGCCAGUUCUUGAGACAUCAGCGACAACAGCAGCAGCAGCAGCAGCAACAGUACGACGACGGUUCCAGUUUCCACCUCGGGCUUGGCUUAGCCGAUAGCGCGGAGGACGACGACGACGUGCUAGGCUUCAACAGCAACGACUCCGGCUCGUUCGCGUGCGGAGAAGCGAACCACGUCAAAGCGCUGGCGGGCUACUUCCUAACCUGGCCGCUGACGUGCCUCAACAGCCAGGACUACACGACGGACGCGCAGCGGUCCUGGGUGCAGGGCCGGCUGGGCGUCAUCGGCGACGAGCUGGGCGUCAAGUACGCGCACAUCCUCAAGCAGCUGCAGAUCCGCAUCCCGUCGAUGCUGAUCCGCCGCGACGGCCUCAUGGCGAGCCCGUACGGCGCCGCGCACGAUUACCUGAGGUUGGUGAGCGAGGCGCGGAGGGCGAGGAAGAUGCAGGAACUGCAGGAGCAGCAGCAGCAAAGGUUAUGUAUGGGUAUGAAUAUGAGUAUGGACAUGAACAUGAACAUGAAUAUGAAUAUAGGACUGGGACUGGGAGCGCAGCAGGGGGCGCAGUGGCAGGAGUAUGGGGUUGAUGGAGCGGACUGCGGCGUGGGGGCGCAGUUGCUGUCGCCAGCGAGUAGUAGUAGCGGUAGUACGAGCCCGCUGGAGCACGCGGAGGCGCUGCAGAAGGAGAGGUUCGAGAUACACCGCGCGGAGCUACUGGCGCGGGCUGCGGGAGGACGGGAUGCUGGAGAAGGGGCCAAGUGGGUUGCGCAGAAGUGGCUCACCGUGUGAUAUCUCAUCAAACCAGCUUGGGGGGGGGAGUUACAUCAGGGGGGUGCUUCGAUUUAGAGCGGCCAUUCACGACAUCUCCUGUCCACUGGAGGGGAGUUCCGAGUUUUUAUUUCGUCUUCGAGAGCGUGUUCACAUUAUGAUCUAUCAUCGACUUGUAGGCUUAAGGGGCUAGGAUAUUGGAAAGGUUGGAAGUGCGCACAGGUUAUAGUUGCGGUGGAAAUGGUCCCUGGUCACGACACGGUUUAUAUGCUCUUGAAAUGGGCAUUGUUAUAU